AAACUCCCUCCAUGGUCACUGGUUUUCAAAGAAGGAAACAAGAAAGAAAACGAACGGGUGAGGAUAUUGAAGAGUCAAUGGCAUCUUUGGCUGCGACGGCAACCGUUCCAAGAACAUCGUUCUUGGCUUCGAGAACUUGUUUUUGUUCAAAGAAAAUAAGUAUAGCAUCGGUUCAACAACAGAAGAAGGUGCAAGGAAGGAAUACGAGUGUGAAAGCGACAGGUAUGGCAAAGUUCAAGGGGACGCCUAUGAGAGAGAAGCAACUGACAGAGAUGAUCGAGCAGAAAAUGAUUGAAGCUAAGCAAAUAUGUGAGGGAGAUCUAACCUCUGACAAAUGUAAAGUUACGUGGGAUGAGGUGGAAGAAGUGAGCCAAGCCAAGGCGGAUCUCAGACGCAAACUUGAGAAGCAAGAUCCUCUCGAAUUCUUUUGCCAAGAAAAUCCUGAGACUGACGAGUGCCGUAUCUAUGAAGAUUAGAUCGACGCAUCGUUUUUCUUUCCUCAAGUAUUGUAUGUUGAUUAUUAUCAUAUAUAGUGAAAUGCAAAUUUAAGAACACUGCUAAUCUUGCAGAAGA